AUGUCUUUCUACGGGAGCCUCCUGCAUAUCGUCUACGCUCCAGAAUUCGAGACCCCUGCCGAAUGUCGCGUUAAGCUUCAUUCUUUUCGUCGCUACAACGAUGUAGUUUUCUCCAGAUUUGAGAGGGAAAAGGAGCAAAACACUGCACGUCAGCAUUCACAUGUGGACGAGCCGGAGAAAACUACUUCGACUGCUGAGGACCCCUUACAGCCAGCAGAAAUCAAACUGUCCGACGGCGUAGCUGCCGUGGAAACAAAUACGGUUGGUGCUGUGAAUCCAUACUCAACGUCGGCAAUUGACUUCCAAAAACAGGAGUACAACGUACUGCCAAUGAUUGGUGGCCAAUCGGAAGGGGAUGCACUAGGCGAGUCGCGGCGAUAUUGGGCUGCUCUUGGCUACCAAUUUCAAACUGUCCCUCCUCCUGACCAAACAAGCAGUAGGACAGGUGUCCAUCUGCAGCCAGCAACCCCGCUAUCUUCCCUGUCUGGAAUGAAAACAACUGAACUUCGGUGA